GCUUCUCACAGAUGUGAGAAUGAAAAGUGCUAGGCCUAUGCUUUUUGAUGCAAAGCUCUCAGCCCAGAGAGUUUUCAUCCAAAAUUGUCACAGAUGCUGUGUUGUAGAAGCUGUGAUUAGGUGCCUGGACUGUGUACCACUGGACAUGGAGUUCCUCUGUGCUACCUGUGACAUGGAGGCCCACAAGAGAAAUGUCUUCCAUGACAGAGAGGCUGUGUUCCAUGGAUUUCUUGAGCCCAUUCCCCCUACAACUGCUGUGCUGGUGAAUGAAAAUGGCCAGCCUCAGUUUUGUGAACAAAUAUGUCAUCUGCCUGUUCCUGCACCAAGGUCAAUUUGUGAAUGCACUCAUGACCUCACAACCACUCCAGGGAAGCAUAUUUCUGUGGUCACCAUCAAUGGACGAUACAAUGUCUGCUUGCCUCGGAAAUCCUGUCCAUCAUGCUCUGCAGAAUGGACUCCCGAGGUGAAGGACCUGCUUGUUUAUCGGUACUGGCCAGCUAGCACCAGCUGCCAGACCCUAUACAAGUUUGAUGUCUUCACCUCGUUUGACCAUAUGAAGGUAACGGCACCAGCUAUGUCCAGGCAGGCCUUCCUGAAAAUGUUGGAGCACAGAUCUGUUCAAGCUGGAAGGGUAAAUCUGCCUGAAUAUCACUGA